UAUCGUCCAAAUUAAAAGCGAGUAUGUCUCUUGAUGAUCAAACAAGAAAAGGUCAUUCUAGCACUUCGGGAAAUUUUGAUUUAUUUAGCGAUACUCAUACUCCACCUUCCCGGCCAUUACGACAAUAUGUCUCUCGAGAUCCUUUUAAAAUACCACCAUUUUGGAUUGAUUCCCCGCAAUUAUGGUUUAGAUGCGUUGAGAGCGCAUUUUCACGAGCAGGCAUACUUACUGAAACCAAAAAAUUUGAUGAAGUUUUGGCUGUUUUAGAUAACUCAGUUAUCGAUAGAAUUGGCUUGGAUUUACUAGAGAUACAUGGACUUAGGCCAUAUGCUCAGCUUAAGGAAGCUUUGUUGACAAAAUUUGCACCCACGGAAGAUCAGAGAUUGACUGCAUUUUUGCACACUUCCGAACUAGGAGAUCAAAUGCCUUCUGAAAUGCUAAAACGUUUGAAAUUUUUAAUCGGACCUGAACGUUUGCAGGAAACUCUUGCUAACAGCCUGCUCAAGAAGUUAUUUUUAGAAAAGUUACCGUCAUCUAUCAGAAAUAUUUUGGCGUCAAACUACGACAAUACAGUGGACCAAUUGGCAAUUCAAGCGGAUCGAAUCGUACAAAACUCGGAUUUUUCAAAACAAGACACGUGCUGCUAUAAGUGUUUUACCUUUUUCGAAAUUCAAUUCUACUAGCAGGCACGCAACACAUGACUUCAAGCUGUUAAUGGUACUCGUAUUUCUACAUUUGGAGAUAAAACUUUGAAUUUGAAAUUACGACAGCACAAGACAAUGCCAUGGACUUUUACAAUUGCUGACGUAAAUAUGCCUGUGUUGGGUAGCGAUUUCUUAACUAAUUAUGGACUUAUACUUGAUUUUAAAAAUCGCUUACUAAUUGAUCCAUCUAGCACGACGAACGAGAUGAAGCAAAAUACAAUGACUUUGGUAGCGGCGAACAUCGCCUCAGGCAUCAACAAGGACAAUCGUUACGUUCAAAUAUUGAAAGAAUUUCCUUCAAUACUACGAGAAACAAUCAAUCCACUUACAACAAAACAUGAUGUGAGGCAUUCAAUUACUACAACUGGAUUGCCGGUGAGAAGUAAAGUUCAUAGAUUACCACAGAUGAAAUAUACAGCUGCCAAAGAACAAUUUUUCCAAACUCUUGAAACAAGGUAUUAUCUCAC